AUGAGGUAUAUGCGAUUCCCAAAGACUCCUCCUAGUGAUAGGACACUGGCCCUCAUCGACAAGAUUCCCAAAGCUACUGCCUACAAACCAAGGACGAGACCUGUGGAUCUCAACUCGUACUUGCCUUGGCGAAAGACCAUCCAACUGUCCUAUACCACCCAGCAGGACAUGUACAAUACCGCAAUCCUCGCUGGCCUGGAUCCAAUCAAACACUUUCAACACUUCCCAGUCCAGGCAUCAUCCACUCCUGUUGCGAAUCUGGCCCAACAGAGAGGAAAUUCCUCCAUACUAAACUCAUUCGCAAGAGAGAAGAAGAUUUCAGAGAAUAUGAGAAAGAUGCCCGACAAGAUAAAGGCAUUCGAACAGGAACGUCGAAAGCAAAGAGAGUCUGAAAAGCCAGAUCUUCCUUUCUAA